UAAUUUUAAUUAAUAAGAUAUGGCAGAGACAAAAGCAAAUCCAAGCUCAGUUAAAACUAAUGAUAUAGCAAAGCAGUCUGAUAUGGUCAAAACACAAACUAUUAAGCCGCCGGUGCAGGGCGGCGGUGAUGAAAUGGACAUUGAAAUGGAUGCUUCUAAUCAGCCGGCGUUUAGCAUGAUGCGACCGGCAUUUGGUGAAAGUUUUCCAUUGCCAAUUGUUAAAAGCAUUAUGAACAACAUAAUGACGGAAAAACUUAAAGACAAGACAUACGACAAAAACAUAGCCAAGACGUGGACGCGCGAAAUUGCCGACGAAGUAAAUCAACAGAUUGCAACAAAUUCAAAGGUGAAACGUUACAAGCAUGUGGUGCAAGUGAUGCUGGGACAAGAGCUAGGAGCUGGAGCUACCUACCUAUCACGCUGCUGCUGGGACUGCGAUUGCGAUACAUCCAUCUCCGAGGUAUUUAGCAAUACAAGUUUGUUUUGUGUGUGCACCGUGUACGCAACGUUUCAGUAUUGAAACUGACAAUUAUUAAACUAUAGUAAGUAUGUAUGUUAGGAGAUAGGUUAAAGUUUAGUAAAUUUACCAAAGCUGCAAGGCAACACAGACAACGCAAGUCGCUCUACUAAACUUACGGAAAACACCAUUAUGUGCACAUUAGUUUUAAGAAAUCUCAUUAUAUUUAAAGCAAACUAUACGUUUAGA